UUUGUUUCAGCUUGUUCAGCAGAGCUUUGCAGAAUUCAGUGACUAAAUCACCCUCACAAGUUAGUUUAUCAAAGGGAAAGGAAGAAGGGUUUUAAAGCUUUCUCACUGGAAAGGAUGGCAUCAUCAAGUUCUUACAACUCUCCUUGUGCUGCUUGCAAGUUCUUGAGAAGAAAAUGCAUGUCAGGUUGCAUUUUUGCUCCUUAUUUCCCACCAGAAGAGCCUCAAAAGUUUGCCAAUGUGCACAAGAUCUUUGGGGCCAGCAAUGUGACAAAGCUGCUGAAUGAACUUCUGCCUCACCAAAGAGAGGAUGCAGUGAACUCUCUUGCGUAUGAGGCCGAGGCCCGAGUCCGGGACCCGGUCUAUGGCUGCGUCGGAGCCAUCUCCUUCCUCCAAAGGCAAGUCCAGAGGCUCCAGAAGGAACUCGACGCUGCAAAUGCCGACCUAAUUCGGUACGCAUGCAACGAGAUACCUAAUGCAGGAGUGAGUCAUGUGGUUCAACCAAGCCCUGGUGCUCGCCCAAGAGCUUUGGAUCAGUAUCAUACAAGUUCAUCAACUGGGUAUUACAAUCAACAUCUUCCUGCUUUUCCCAUGGCUUAUCCACUGCCUUGGAAUGAAAACUCUCCUGGAAAUGACAUCAAUGAAGGAGGAGGGGAUGGCAAUAUUUGAAGAAAUCUUCUCCAAAAAAAAAAAACCACAAAAUAGGGUUUUUUCAACCCUAAAGAGAACUUCUCUCUUCUGGUAUGUCACUUCCUCAUAUAUUUAUAUAUAUAUAUGAUGGUUUUUCUAGCUAGCUGCCCUCAUUCACAUGGACAUUUUUCAAGCUGGAUGACUUAGUAAAUUUAAUUUUUCUAGUAUCAUUUAGAGGGUCUUGAGAAUUAGUUUCUUAAACCCCAUUAUCAUUCUCCCAUUUAAAAUCCAAAACAAGUUCUCUGAGUUAUGUUCUUUUUUUUUUUUUUUGUUCUUCGUUUAAUCAUCAUAUGUACGUGUGGAAGAUUAAUUUAGGGCCUAAAAUAAGGUUGCUGUGCAUGCUCCCUAGCAGCUUAGCCACAUUUUUACUUUAAAUAUUAUAGACUAUUGUCUAUUGUGUGAGGUUCAAUUUCUAGAGAGCUCUUUAGCUUCUUCUUUUUUUUGUAUAAAAAAUUUAGUACUGCCAUUGUUUAUGCUUAUGAAUAAAUGAAAAAUAAUAUUUUAUCUCAUGUUUGUUGUGUCUUCGUAAAAGCAGAUUCCCUUAGUUCUGUAUAUUAUAUAGUUUUUUAUACAUGCGUCUAUGUCUAGCUUUCUCCUCCUUUUAACCCUAUGCAAUAUUCUCUCACUUUUCUUCCUACUUUCUUUUUUAGAGGACCAUCUACGUAAGCUUUCUUUUAUAUAGUUUUACUACAAUUUUAGCUAAAUGGUAACUUAAUUUUGAGCUAUUCAUUUGAUUGAGAAAAAGACCCAUAAAGAGAAAUGCUGAGCCUUUUAAUUCGGUAUUUGUUUAUUCUAUGCUAUAUCUACUUUGUUUGUUCUUUUAUUUGGCUAUGCCAAAGUUUCUUUCUAACCUAUAAUAUGUAUAAACUGAAAGAGGAUUGUGGAAAAGUUCAUUGGCUUGUGAUGGUCUUGAAAGGUAGGAUUUGAAAGGGGCAUUUUGAACAAAUGCAAGCUUUCUUGAUGGCUUUUGGAAGGAUCAGAAGAGGAAAGGGAAAAGGAAAAGGAAAAAAAAAAAAAAAAAAAAGCAUUAUUUAGAGAAUAAUGAGUCUGAAGAAACUAUGAACCAACAGUGUUCCUCAACUCAUUUUCAAAUUCUAGUCUUUAUCUUUUUAGUGUUACAGUGCUAAUGUGAAUCUCUUGGAGUUUCCUUUUUAUAUUUUCACCCCAAAAAA